AUGCAUUCGGGCCCUCAGUGGCCGGCUCAUGUCUCGGGGGGGUUCGACUUCACUCUCCUGUUUGAAGAAAGCAUUCUGACCAUACCUCCUCUGGGCAUUGCAGUUACGUGGGCAAUUGUCCGACUCCUCGCCCUUCGCCGUGAGCCAGCCAAAACCCGAAGAUCAUGGCUCGCUGUGCUGAAGCUGAUCACCUUUGCCGUCCUCGUCACUCUCCAAACCGCGACUCUCUGCCUGUAUGCGCGACAUCAAGCACCUAGGACAAAACUGACGCUGGCCUGUGCUAGCUUGACGGUAGCGGGAUACUGCAUUCUAGCAGCAGUCUCGUAUCUCGAGCAUGUACGCUGCGUGCGGCCGUCAACGCUACUGAACAUAUAUCUCGGCGUGUCAACACUCUUGGACCUGGCGAGGACGCGCACCCUUUUCUUCAUCCAAGGCAGCCGCACCGUCGCGUUGGUAUCCCUGACUGCUUUUAUUGUCAAAUCCGUAGCGUUCAUUCUUGAAGUCACUGAGAAACGCCACCUCCUGCUGGCGAAGUGGAAAGAUGCUUCUCCUGAAGCGACAAGCGGUGUAAUCAGCCGAUCACUGUUCUUAUGGCUAAAUCGCUUAUUUAUCAGCGGUUUCCGGACGUUACUAACUGUCAACACAAUAACCCCUAUUGAUGAGGAAUUGCUGGCUGCAUCUGAGCCAACUGCACUUCUGGAAAAAUGGAACCAUGUAGCGGAUAAAACUAGAAGGUACGCCCUAUUUUGGGUAUUUUUUACCCAUUAUAAAUGGUAUAUCAUGGCCGGAAUCUUGCCGCGAUUGGCGUAUACCGGCUUUACAUAUUCACAGCCGUUUCUUGUCCAGCGGGUCCUCGAUUUUACUGCCCAGGUCCCUCAUGCACAGACAAUGAAUAUUGCCUACUCCCUAGUUGGGGGCUAUGCUGUUGUUUAUAUCGGACUUUCAGUAGCAUACGCGGUUUAUGAGCACAAAACGUACCGUUUACUCACUCUAUACCGAGGCAGCCUGGUCACUUUUAUAUUUGACAAGGCUUUGCGCGUCAGCUCCACAAAUGAGGACAGCGCGGAAGCAAUCACCCUGAUGAGUGCGGAUAUUGACCGCAUCGGCUAUAGCAUGACACUUGUCCACGAAGUUUAUGCUAGCUUCAUCGAAAUUGCCAUCGCUCUCUGGCAGCUACACAGGCUUCUUGGAAUUGCUAUUGCUGCUCCCAUUGGAUGGAUUGUCGCUUGCUUGAUUAUAGGAGCCCCUCUUGCAAAGGCCGCGGCCGAUGCCCAAAUUCCAUGGCUGGAAGCGAUAGAAAUCCGUCUUGCUGCCACAGGAAAGUCAUUGGGCUCGACAAAGGCAAUCAAAAUGACGGGCCUAGCCGAUAUCGUGUCAUCUCGUAUUAGAAGUUUACGGUUGGAUGAGAUCCGUGCCUCUCUUCGGCAUCGUGUCUAUAGUAUACUAGUAUUUGCUACAGCAUUUGCUUCUUCUGAGCUAGCUCCAGUGUGGGGUUUCACCGUCUUCAUCAUACUAGCAAAGAAGAAGAAUAAAGGAACGUUGACUGAAGGAGUUGCUUUCGCUUCGCUCAGCCUUUUUGAACUACUCAACAAUCCAAUUACUACCAUUAUUAAUGGUUUCGAGAACCUUCAAACUGUUCUCAAUUGCUUUGAACGUAUCCAAGAUUACCUCAAUUCGCAAGAACGAGAGGAUUACAGGAUACCGCUGCAUGAUUGGAGGGACUCUUCAGGCCCCGGCCUCUCUAUCCCUGCUGACAACUUGAAAGAUAACAUCAUUUUGAAGGAGAUACAAGACCUGGACUUAGAUACUAGUCCGUUUGUAUCCAUUAUUGAGGGCGCGUCGGUAGGCUACACAGUGGGAGAUGACUCGCUUACUCUGAAGAAUCUUAACUUCCGGAUUCCUCGUGGUGAGAUUACCAUGGUUUUCGGCGCCGUUGGGUCCGGGAAAUCUACUCUUCUAAAACUUUUGCUUGGCGAAAUGCCAUCUGUGUCCGGGUCAAUAAGAAGUAGCUUCUCUGUGGCCGCGUAUUGUCCGCAAUCCCCCUGGGCUACAUGGGGGACUAUCCAAAGCAACAUUGUUGGUAUGAGUGAAUGGGAUAAAAAGUGGUACGAUACUGUUGUUUCUGCCUGCGCCCUUCUUACAGACCUUGAGGAACUACCAAACGGGGAUCAAACACACAUUGGCGCCCAAGGCUCGAGGCUCAGUGGUGGACAAAAAAUGCGCGUGUCCUUUGCUCGCGCACUUUACUCGAGGAACUCUACUAUGAUCCUUGAUGACGUUUUGACCGGGCUUGAUCGGGCUACUGAGCGGCACAUGUUAGAUGCAAUAUUCGGGCCCGACGGUCUGUUGAAGAAGCUAAACUCUACUGUUGUUCUGGCUACAAAUUCUGCAAACCACCUUAGUUUUGCAGACAACAUUAUUUUCCUCAGUGAAAAUGGAGAAAUUGCUAGCCAAGGUAGCCUGGAAAGCCUAUCCUCCGAUGAAGAUAUCAAGCGGCUUGCAAACCACUGUCAAACAGCCACCACAUCUCGACCAGAACCAGAGCUCUCAGAAGAUGUGUUGCAUGAGCUUGAGAUAUUAGAAGAUCCCGAACUUGAAACCAGCCGUAUGACUGGUGACAUCAAGGUAUAUGCUUACUAUGCGAAGAACGCCGGGUGGUGGACUAUUUCACUUUAUCUGCUGGCGUGCUGUGCUUUCGUUGUCGGUGUCACAUUUCCCUCCCUUUGGCUACAAUGGUGGACCAAUGCCAAUGAUACUAAGCCCAAUGAACAUAUUGGGUACUGGGUUGGAGUGUAUGCUGGACUUGCUCUUCUUGCAAUAUUCAGCGCUACACUCUCAGACAGUGUUUUCAAUCUCGUGGUACUCCCUAAAACCUCGCGACGGUUCCAUGACGUGCUUCUAACUACUACUAUGAGAGCUUCAACAUCUUUCCUCACUUCCACCGAUGUCGGAACUACCGUGAACAGGUUUAGUCAGGAUCUGGAGCUUAUAGACAAUGACUUACCCCAGUCCAUCGACCAGGCAAUUUUCCAGUUUCUCUCUGCAAUAGUUUCUGGCGUGUUUGUCUUUAUAGGGGCAGGAUAUAUAGCCGCGGCCGUCCCUCUGUGCAUACUUGUGCUCAUCGGGGUUCAAUUCUAUUAUCUGCGAACAUCCAGACAACUGCGAAUCUUAGAUAUUGAAGCUAAGGCACCCCUUUUCUCGCAGUUUCUAGAAACCGUUGGUGGCGUUUCCUGCAUUCGCGCGUAUGGGUGGGCGGGGAGGUAUACAGAGCGUCACUACAAGGCCUUGAAUACAUCUCAAAAGCCAUACUACCUUCUUUGGUGCAUUCAACGAUGGCUAACCCUUGUCCUGGACCUGUUAAAUGCCGGGCUUGCAGUUAUGCUAGUCGCAAUUGCGACCAAUGUUCGCAGUGCUUCUACCCCCUUCCUAGGCGUGGCGUUGUUUAAUAUCGUUACAUUCAGCUCUACCCUUCAGACGCUGGUGACAGCCUGGACCCAAUUGGAAACCGCCCUUGGAGCAGUAAAUCGUGUACGUUCCUACUCCAAGGAUGUUAAGGAUGAGAAUCUUCCAAAUGAAGAUGGCAGUGUGCCUGAUCAGUGGCCUGAGUCUGGGGCAAUUGUGUUCAAUAAUGUAUCUGCUUCGUAUGACUCUCUUCUCGGCCCGGUUUUGAAGGGGGUUGAUUUGUCUAUCAAAGCGGGUGAGAAAGUCGCCAUCUGUGGCCGGACAGGCAGUGGCAAGUCUUCUCUCGUGUCAUGUCUGUUAAGAAUGCUAGAGAUGGACUCUGGUACAAUUUUAAUUGAUGGCAUUGAUAUCAGUACAAUCCCCCGACAGCAGGUUCGAAGUCGGGUAAAUACCAUUCCCCAGGAGCCAUUCUUUCUAUCUGGUACCGUUCGAGAUAACGUUGAUCCUCUACAAAUUGCCGAUGAUGAAGCUAUCAUAGAAUCUUUACAGGCUGUUGGUUUAUGGGACUUCUUGAAAGGCCGUGGCCUUGAUGAGGAUAUUAGCGAGGAUAAAUUAUCCUAUGGUCAGCGACAACUGUUCUGCCUCGCCCGCGCGGUAGUCAAGCAAGGAAAUCUUCUCAUCAUGGAUGAAGCCACCAGCAGUGUAGACGCUGAGACAGAUAAGCUAAUGGGGGAUGUGAUCCGUGAGAAGUUCAAGGGCAUGACCAUCAUUGCUAUCGCUCACAAACUCGACACCGUGCUUGACUAUGAUCGCGUGGUGUUGUUAGAUAAAGGUGAGAUUGUCGAGACAGGGAAUCCAAGAGAACUCCUCGCAACACCUGCCUCCGCAUUCCAUGAGCUCUAUCAGAAGUUAGCCACUGGAGGAACUGAUAUGGAAUAA